ACCAAAAUAAAUCCUUUUUUUCAGAGAUCUUCAAAAUUUUUGUUAUGAAAAUUUUUGAUUUCGUAGUAAAUUAAAAAUUUCCACUCAACAAAUAACACAAUAAUUUCGAUGGAUUUUAUACAAGAAGGUAUUGCCUUAGGAGUUGAUCUCCUAAUACUUGGAAUGUGCUUCAAAGAAUAUUACAAUUACAAGAAAACAGUCAAUAAUUUAAAGAAUGCUCCCCAAGUACCAAUCGAUGCUGAUCUGAAAAAACUUUUAGAAAGCAAAAAAGACAAUAAACUUCCAUAUGCCGUGAUUCGAGGCACGGUUAUUCCGAUCGGGGUACCCAUUCGUAGUGUUAUGUCACCAUCCGUGACGGGUGUAGUCCAAGUGAUAAAGUUGAGUGAACAUCGUGUAGCUCGAGGAUUUGCUGGCUUUUGGACAGAACAACGUCGAAUAAUUCAUGUCUCUUCCAAUGAGAUGCCAUUCCAAUUGAAAAAUGGUGAUUAUGGUGUUGAAAUUGUCGAUGGACUAUCUGCGGAAAUCCUCGAUAUGGAUGUUGUUUAUGACAACUAUGAACCAUCUUCGUUGUCAUUCUUCGAUCAUAUUUUUGGGUUCUUUUCUGGGGUUCGUCAGAAGGGACUACAAACAACUGAAGAAGUUCUCAGGGAUGGUAGUUUUAUAACAGCUGUGGGGGAAAUCGAAUUAGAUGGCAAGACAAUAAGAAUGCAACCUUCUUCAACAGCUCCACUCUUUCUUACAACUUCGACCAAGUCGACAUUAAUUAAGAAAUUUGAAGAAGCUAAAUCUUCAAUGGCGGUAAAAAUAUUUAUUUGCAGUACGAUAACUGCAGUCCUUGUUGGUAUAAUUGCUCGAAAAAUCUACUUGAAAAAGAAACAAGAAAGAGAUGAGAGAAAAAUUAAAGAAACACUUGACAACGAAAGACGAAAACGACGUGCGAAAACACGACCUCAAAAUCUUACCCCAGAACAACUGUGUGUUGUUUGCUCGACAAAUCCCAAAGAGGUCAUAAUGCUUCCAUGUGGUCAUGUUUGCAUCUGUGAAGAUUGUUCUGAAAAAAUCACAGUAACAUGCCCAGUUUGUCGCACAAAAAUUCUAAGCAAAGCUGCUGCUUUCAUAUCAUAAUCAGGUAAGACAAUAUCAAUCGUGUGUGUGUUCAAAAAGAAAAAAAAAAAAAAACAAAAGUCAACCGGAUCAAUGGAGCAAUAUAUGGAUUUAGAAAAUAAGUUAAUUUAUCAACCAAACAAAUUGCAAUAAAGAACAAAAAUUAAGUUUUAACAAAAACAUAAACAAAACAACUUUAA